AUGGGCCCCACAAACGGAGAUAAAGCACCUUCAAACUACUGGACAGAGCGUCAGUGGCAUGUCGGAGAGACUAGCAGAGGUCCACUUCUGGAAGCAGUGUCGGGUGAUAUCUCCGAGGAGGAUUGGGCAUUAACUAAGAUUUUACCAAUUCCAGGGGGAUUCGAAUUCUCGACUUAUGGGGAGGAACAACAUGGAGAGGCCACAACAGAUUAUCUUGGAGUCUUAUGGACAAAGUUAAAUCUGCUGAAAAAACAAAUCCGGAAUAAGCGAAUUGAAUCGAUUAAAGAAAAACUUAAGAAGAAUGAGGAGAUUGUACAGUGUCAGGUUUCAGCAAUCAUCUCAGAUAUAUCAAGAAGAGGCUCAUUACGGACUGGAGAAAAUACCAUUCAAAUGCUUUCUUCAAGAAUUGACCGACCUUUUUGUAAGCUCAUUAGUUUCCCUCAAGGUUUGGGAAAAAAUGCCGAGAACAACAAUCGAAACAAUCAAGACGUAUCACCUGUGAUAAGUAUCAAGAUUCCGUACAUUGAAAGAUUACCACCAUUUACAUGUUGGGUUCAUUUGGCGAGAAAUCAGAGAAUGACCGAAGAACUAUCAGUUAUUAAUGGAGGAGUGCAAGUAUACUAUGAUAAAAGUGCAAGUCAGGGAUUGAUGAUUAGUGACAGUGACGAGGAGUUAGAAGUGCCUGAGAAUGCUAAACAUGAAUUUUCGCAGGGAGACGACCAAGUUCUAUGGAUGGCACUUGAGGAACAUGGGUUAACUGAGGAGGUAUUGACUCUUGCUAGUUAUUUGAUCGAGGAUACGACCGUUUCAGAAAUUCAGGAUCGGUAUAAACAUCUCAAGGAAAAGAACAUGAGGGGGCUUAACCAGCAUUCUGAAGAUUUUGGAGAAUGCGAAUCUCUUUUUGGCAUAUGUUUGGAUAAGAGCUUGAGUGCUGCUUUAGAUACUUUUGAUAACCUCUUCUGUCGCCAGUGCUUCAGUGAAAGGCAACUAGAUUUGUUUGAGCCUGAAGUUGACAAGAAACCAUGCAGUGAUCAGUGUUACCUUCAGGGUAUGGAUGGGGAAGGUGGGAUAUCGGAACCCUCCACUAUAAAGAAGUCUGGUGAUCAAAGUAUUAAAGCCAUCUUGCAGAAAGAAAGACUCAAUUUUGCGACAAAACCUUUUACAGAAAAAGUUGUUUUCCAUGAAGAUCUCAAUUCAGAUGGCUCUCAGAGUUCUUUUGCAUCUUCAAAAAGUUUUGUUGAACAUACUUCAAGUAAAUCAAUAGUUUCUGGAAGCACUGGUCAUGGUGAGCAUGAGAAGGGUUUUCCGCAUCAGCAAAAGGAUAUCGCAAAAGAGAUAGAAUUUGAGCGACUGCCCAACUUAGUAGAUGUGCAAAUGUUAAGUAUCUCAGAUUGGAAACCUCUGGAGAAAGAGUUAUAUUUGAAGGGGGUAGAAAUUUUUGCGAGAAAAAGUUGCCUUAUAUCCCGGAACUUACUUUCUGGCUUGAAGACUUGUAUGGAAGUAGGUAGUUACAUUUAUGCUGGUGAAGGGUCAAUGGCCUACAACAUGGGCAAAAAUGUAGAGUCCACGGACCAAAAGAUUCCAUCAAGAUCACGACGGAAAAGAGGAAAACCUAAGAGGAUAAAAACUACUUAUAGGACAAGUCAUGAAAACAAGCAAUAUAUGCCUUGUGGAUGUCAGGGAGUAUGUGGAAAAGAAUGCCCUUGUCAUCAAAUUGGAAAUUCUUGUGAAAAAUAUUGUGGGUGUUCAAAGCUCUGCAGAAAUCGGUUCGGAGGAUGUAAUUGUACUAAGAGUCAAUGUAAAACUCGACACUGUGCAUGCUUUGCAACAAAUAGGGAAUGUGACCCAGAUGUUUGUAAGAAUUGCUGGAUUAGUUGUGGCGAUGGUUCAUUAGGGGAGCCACCUCAACGUGGAGAUGGUCAAUGUGAAAAUAUGAAGCUACUUUUAGGGAAAAAAGAGAGGAUUCUAUGGGCAAAGUCUGAUAUUGCAGGAUGGGGGGCUUUCAUAAAGAACCCAGUUGACAAAAAUGGUUUCCUAGGAGAGUACACCGGUGAAUUGAUCUCUUGUGAAGAAGCAAAUGGGCUCAUAAACCCCACUUACCUUUUUACCUUGAAUGAUCAGUAUGUUGUUGAUUCUUUUCGCAAAGGAGACAAGUUGAAAUUUGCAAACCACUCUUCAAACCCCAACUGUUAUGCUAAGAUAUUAUUUGUUGCUGGGGAUCAUCGAAUAGGCAUAUUUGCGCAGAGACGCAUUGAAGCUGGUGAGGAGAUUUUUUAUGAUUAUUGCUAUGAUCAAAGUCUUUCACCGGCAUGGGCUCUUAAACCCAAUGGCUCCAAUAGAUGUGGAUCAAAGGGUUCUCGGGGUAGGCCAAAGAAAAACCCUUCUUAUUGAUGAGUCACAUAGCCAAGGUCUAGGGUCCGUGAUGUACACUAUUGAAACCAAUUUCUUUCAUCCUAUCAGAAAUAAAUGCCCAAAACAUAAAUAGGAAGAGGAUAAUCAUUUCAACAUUGAGGGCACUUGAUGA